AAGCGCAUGCACCCGCGCCAUAGAGAAGAACGGUAGCAAACAAAACCAUGCCGAACAAAAUCAGGAUUCCCCUGGUGCCUCUGUUUGGCAAGUGGGAAAAACCCUAAGAAAGUGCCGAGAAAAUUUUCCAUGAAUGGGUGACAAUUACGGAGCAACGAUUGCAGAUUGCGUUGACAGCAAGAGCAUCGAGACUUCAAACAGAGAAAUGCUCGAUUUGUACGACGACGAAGACGACGAUGAAAAUGACAGAGAAUUCAUCGUAAACGAACUGGACGGUACAGUGGAUCCGUACGUAGGAAUGGAGUUCGAAUCGGAAGAGGCUGCGAUGGUGUACUACGAUGCCUACGCUAAGCGCGUGGGCUUCAUCAUCCGAGUCGGAAAUUGCCACAGAUCGGGGCGUGAUGGAUCGGUUAUCAGCCGUAGGUUUCUCUGCAACAAGGAGGGGUUUAGGGUUAGCAAUAAGAAGAUGAAGAGGCUUGAAGUAAGGAAGCCGAGGGAGAUUACUAGGGAGGGUUGUAGGGCAAUGAUCAUGGUGAGGAAGGACAAGUCUGGGAAAUGGAUUGUAACGAAACUCGAAACGGAGCAUUGUCAUCCUUUAGGAAUUCCCACCGGAAAAGGUCGCCGUGGCUCUGUUCAGGCGCGGCCGCAGCUGAUUUUCUUCACUUCAUUGAUUAUGAUUGUGAUCCCGUCUAAGCUUGGAUGAGAAGGAUAAGAAAAUCCGGGAGCUAUCCUCAGAGCUUCAUCGUGCAAAUCAACAGUUGGCAGAGUGCCGGGAGCAACUGGAAAUGGUUUUAAAAGAUAUAGAACGGCACACAAAUCACCUAACAAAAAGUGUUCAAGACAUAGUUGAGAAUGUAAAAGAAGUUGAAGCCGAGGAUGAAGAACAGUUAUAUGAUUGUUAGUCUUAGCAUUUCAUUAAAAGAAGUUCAACCGAGGAUGGAGGACAGAGUUACACCAUUUUCAGCCAUAGCACGUACGCUUCUAUGCAUUUCUACCCAUUCAUUCCUUUCCUAACUUAUCGCACUAUUUAACCACCCGUUUGGUCAUUAGCUAGAACCAGAUAGCAUCAUAAAUCAAUUGGGAUUUUCUUCUUGUACAGUGCUAAAUACCUAGCUUUUUCUUCUUCUUUUUUUCCUUUUUCUUGUUAAGGUUAGUUCAUGCUCCAUUUGGUUAAUUGUAGAUGCUCUCUCCAUCUCGUGGAUGGUCAGAUGGAUUGUAGAGUUUAUAGAUCUUAGAAAUCUUUGUUGUGACAUUUGCAAGCUUGUUCAUGAGCUAUCAGAUCAUCUGAACUACAUUCAAAGAGCUGCUUCCAUUUUGUCACA